GUCUGUGCGUAACGAACAUGAGAAUCUGCAGCUAUAUUUUCCACCUGUAAUUCAUAGCGGAAGCAAAGGAGCAGCGUGCGAUCGCUUGAUUGCUUCCAACAUCUCCCCUACUGAUAAAAAGGUUUGUGAACGCGAAUAGCUUUUUCAGGUAGAAGCCAUGCUAGUAAUUUGCAGCGCACGCAAAGCGGGAGCAGUGGGAGCGCGUGUAUUAAUUUGAGAGGCUCGAUCCCGUUGACGCAUUGGAAUAGCAGAGGUCGUUGCAUAACCAGAGCAACAGCUGGCUUUUUCUCUCAUUCGGUUACUCAUGCUGCGAGCUUGAGGCAAAGCCAUGAACGACACAAAGCAAACCAUGCCGGCGUCUCGCGCAGGCGGGAAGCUCCUCAAUGUGGUGCCCAUGCUUCUCCUCUUCUCCUUGGGGUUUGUCCUCGGCAUGACCUACAACUCCAAGUUCCCAAACUUCUACCUCCCGUUCGCUGCACCAUUGCCCUCUCCUGCACCGCCGCCACCUCCACCUUCUCCGUCGCCGCCUCCACCGCCACCAUCACCGACGACGAACCCGCAAGCGGGGCCGAUACGCUUCCUGGUGCCGAGCACCGUGACGCACAACAUGACCGACGAGGAGCUGCUCUGGUGGGCGUCCAUGACGCCCAAGAUCGAGAGCUCGCCAUACCACCGCGUGCCCAAGGUUGCCUUCUUGUUCCUGGCGAGAGGGGACCUGCCGCUGCGGCCGCUGUGGGAGAAGUUCUUCGCGGGGCACGAGGGGCUCUACUCCAUCUACGUGCACACCGAUCCCUCCUACACCGGCUCGCCGCCGGCGGACUCCGUCUUCUACGGCCGCGCGAUCCCUAGCCAGAAAACGAUGUGGGGAGACAUCACCCUGGUGGCGGCGGAGCGCCGGCUGCUGGCGAACGCGCUCCUUGAUCUAGGCAACGAGCGCUUCGUGCUGCUCUCCGAGUCGUGCAUCCCGCUCUACAACUUCACCACCGUGCACGCCGUGCUCGCGGCCACCGACACCAGCUUCGUGGAGUCGAUCGUGACCCCGGCGCGCCACGACGCUGUGUUCGCGGAGCGCCACAACAUCACCGCCGCGCGGUGGCGCAAGGGGGCGCAGUGGUUCGAGAUGGACCGGCCGCUGGCGCUGGAGGUGGUCUCCGACGGCACCUACUUCCCGACGUUCCGCGACCACUGCGCCGGGCGGCGGGCCUGCCUCAUGGACGAGCACUACCUGCCGACGCUGCUGAGCGUGCUGGCGUGGCCGCGGAGCGCCAACCGGACGCUCACGUUCGCCGACUGGGACCGCCGGCGGCGGACGGGCUUCCACCCGCACGCGCACCGGGCGGAGGAGGUCACGGCGGGGCUCAUCGGGGAGAUCAGGAGUGGGGAGCGCGCGGGGGCCAACUGCAGCGCGUACGGGGACGACGCGAGCGGGGUGUGCUACCUGUUCGCGCGCAAGUUCAUGCCCGACACGCUCGAGCCGCUGCUCCGGCUGGCGCCCAAGGUCCUGGGCUUCGGGUGAGGGUGAGACGGUCGAGGCCGUCGUGUAUCGCAGUGGUUGCGCUUUUCGGCUGUUUUGUUUUUUUGGAACUACGGAAGAAUUGUCAGGGUGCGUGUCAUGUACCAGUGCAACAGC